GCAGCGAGUCUGGGUAGGGUUGGGCAGCGCGGCCGGAGCGAGACCGGGAGUCGGGGUCAGAGUUGGACCGGGGACUGGAGACGCUGUCCCGGCCGGAGCGGGGGCCACGGCGGGUCGGAAGCCGAGCGACUGCUGAGGUGUGCCUCUGGUUUUGAGCAUCUGAAGUGGACCCCUAAACCCGAGCGUUCACGGCCAUCCCCUUGCCCUGUGCAGAAAUGUCUGUCACGUACGAUGAUUCCGUGGGCGUGGAAGUGUCCAGCGACAGCUUCUGGGAGGUCGGGAACUACAAGCGGACUGUGAAGCGGAUUGACGAUGGCCAUCGCCUAUGUAGCGACCUCAUGAACUGCGUGCACGAACGUGCGCGCAUUGAGAAGGCCUACGCACAGCAGCUCACGGAGUGGGCCCGGCGCUGGAAGCAGCUCGUGGAGAAAGGGCCCCAGUAUGGGACUGUGGAGAAGGCCUGGAUGGCUGUCAUGUCUGAGGCGGAGAGAGUGAGCGAGCUGCACCUAGAGGUGAAGGCCUCGCUGAUGAACGAGGACUUCGAGAAGAUCAAGAACUGGCAGAAGGAAGCCUUUCACAAACAGAUGAUGGGAGGCUUCAAGGAGACCAAGGAAGCAGAGGAUGGCUUCCGGAAGGCCCAGAAGCCCUGGGCCAAGAAGCUGAAAGAGGUUGAGGCAGCAAAGAAAGCCCACCACACGGCAUGCAAAGAAGAGAAGCUGGCUAUCUCUCGAGAAGCCAACAGCAAAGCCGACCCAUCCCUGAACCCAGAGCAGCUCAAGAAAUUACAAGACAAAAUAGAAAAAUGCAAGCAAGAUGUUCUGAAGACCAAAGAGAAAUAUGAGAAGGCCCUGAAGGAACUUGACCAGAGCACCCCCCAAUACAUGGAGAACAUGGAGCAGGUGUUCGAGCAGUGCCAGCAGUUCGAAGAAAAGCGCCUGCGUUUCUUCCGGGAGGUUCUGCUUGAGGUUCAGAAACACCUGGACCUGUCCAAUGUGGCUGGCUACAAAACCAUUUACCGUGACCUGGAGCAGAGCAUCAAAGCGGCCGAUGCUGUGGAGGACCUGAGGUGGUUCCGAGCCAAUCACGGACCAGGCAUGGCCAUGAACUGGCCUCAGUUUGAGGAAUGGUCUGCAGACCUGAAUCGAACCCUCAGCCGGAGAGAGAAAAAGAAAGCCUCUGAUGGUGUCACCCUGACAGGCAUCAACCAGACUGGUGACCAGUCUAUGCAGAACAAGAGCGGCAGCACCCUUAGUGUCCCGAGCAACCCUGCCCAGCUCGCGCAGUCACAGUCCAGCUACAACCCCUUCGAGGACGAGGACGACACGGGCAGCACCGUCAGUGAGAAGGAGGACAUUAAGCCCAAAAAUGUGAGCAGUUAUGAGAAGACCCAGAGCUACCCCACCGACUGGUCUGAUGACGAGUCAAACAACCCCUUCUCCUCCACGGAUGCCAAUGGGGACUCGAAUCCGUUUGACGAGGACGCCACCUCGGGCACCGAAGUGCGGGUCCGGGCUCUGUAUGACUACGAGGGCCAGGAGCAUGACGAGCUGAGUUUCAAGGCUGGGGAUGAGCUGACCAAGAUAGAAGAUGAGGAUGAGCAGGGCUGGUGCAAGGGACGCUUGGACAGCGGGCAGGUUGGCCUGUACCCUGCCAACUAUGUGGAGGCUAUCCAGUGACGAGCCCUGGGCGGGCUGGCGGAGAGAUGGAAGUGGCCGAUCCAGGAGCUCCGUUAGCCUCGGCCCAGGCAGCAACCCUCGGUGCCUCCAGCAGCCCUGUGGAUGUCCGCACCACCUGCAGGAUGGUGGCCUGUCGUUCUUGGCUUCCUGGUGUCCCCUGAAGGCAGACGAGCUGGUCAUCUCCCUUGGGACUCCUCCCCUUCCCAGUGCAUCUAGGGAGGUCUAGGGACGGGAGGACGGGAGGACGCAGCCCGCCGCAAGAGCCGGGCCUCACGGCCCUGCUAGCUCUGUGGAUCAUGGAGCUGUGUCUUCACCUGCCUCGCCUCCGAGUCAAUGGUGGUUACACUGAUUCUUUUUCCACUGAUUCUUUUCUCUGAAGAGCUCCAUAUGCAACUUAAGUGAACAAACCUCAUGCCAUUUUCUGAGUAAAGAUGUUGAGGUUUUUAAUUUAAUGGCAAUGUACAGUUAUGCUUUCUAUAUGCCUGCUCUUCCACUCACGCACAUGUAAACCAGGGCCCAGGCUGACUGGCUGUGCUCCAGGGCGCACUAGCUCCACUCCCAGGCGACUGGCUGUCAGGUGAUGCGAGGCGGGCAUGCCUCUGUGAGGUUUCCCGGGUGAAUGUGGGCUGCAGAGGCGACCUUAGAUAGUGCUCCCCAGGGCCGCCACAUCUAAAAAUUAUUUUCACACUAUGAAUGCUUAAAGCUUUUUAUUCUUUUGCAAAUUAACAAUGUUUAUCAGUGAUUUGGAAGGUUUAGAAAUAAGACUAACUUUUCAAGCAGAUGCAUCUGUAGAUUAAGAUGCUUUAUAUUAGAUUGGUAUGUCUCCGUGUAUAUCUGUAUAUAUUAUUUGAUAUUCAGAGAAUCUAAAGAGUUCACUGCUGCUGAGAUGAGAUUUAGUGACUUCUGCAGUGGAUGGCAUUUAUAAACUGCUUAAAGAUGGCAACAUUCAGGCAUGGGCCUGGCUGGCUAAGAGGGCCUCUUCCCAGCUGGGACUUGGCCUCAGCCAAGUGGAGGCUCCCAGCGGGGAGGCUACUCCUUGUGGCUGUUGUAGGCACCAGUUGUAGGGCAGAGCCCUGGGAAACACCUGUGUCUUUGAAGGAGUCACAGCUUCACAGCCCACAGUUCCUUGAGAACACACAGAACCCAGGCCUGGCCCACAUACUGGCUCUCCCCGCACCCUAGGUCACGAGGGAGCAGAACUGCCCCAAAGUCCUCUGGGCCGAGCACAGGAGAGCCUUGGCUCUGUGAGCUGAGAUGGUAGCGUGCCGCCUCUGUUGGCAGCCAGCAUCCCGUCUCCCUCGGGAAGUGGAAGCAUCUGUGUCUGCCUCAAUCCUACGCUACACGCCGACCAAAAGCUAUCAAGUCUGUUCAGUGUAGGAGUUCUUUGAAAUGUAUAGUACCUAAAAUCAAUAAACACUUGAUCUUGUGCUGAAA